AUGCCGCCGAAAAAAAAAAAUAGUGAUCUAGAACCCAAAGCCAAGGGGAAGGCAAAGCCAAAGGCUUCAGCCGCCAUAGCCCCGCUUCUAGAUGCAGAGAAUGCCGCAGCUUUGGCUUCCACAGGAGCCAAGUAUAACUUGGAGCUGAUGACUUCCACUUUUGAAGCCCUUGAGGAGCUCACCAGGAACACGUGGCCAGGCAUCUUCGAUGAAGAGCCUCUGCCGCUGGGAAUGGGCGCAAACCAGUUGAAGGCUGCGUUGUUUCCCGGUGGCGUGGCAAACCCUUCGUCCAGCUAUGUAUGCUCUCAAUCGAUCUUCAAGUGUGACCUCUUGUUCAAUGCAGACCCUAGUGUGCCACUGAGACAAAAGAGUAUCAAUGAGCUGGGCGCCAGAUACUACGAAAACCCAGCUCGGUUCCACACCAGGAUUCAUGUUGCCAUAUCGCCAGACUGGCAUUUGUCCUGCGACCCCCAGAAGGUCAAGCCAGGAUCUCCCGUGGAAAACGUGAUGGGUUUUGUGCUGUCAAUGUUCAGGGACAACGAAGAUGAAGAGAAGAUUGCUCAGUGGAAGCGAUAUGCGCUUUCUGUCACUGAAUCGUUUGUCGAGACCGCCGUCUCCUUGCACAAACGGGUUUUCUCCAACACCAAACUUCUGGAUCUUCUCCUGGAAGCAGAUGAGUGUCCGAGUGAUGCGAACCCCUUCAAUAGCUACACCAAGCUCCAGGUCAUAGUGCACAAAGCCAAGUCUCCCCGCAAUGUGGAAUGGUGUUUUUGUGCCAUGAAAUGGGGAUGGAAAUCUGAACUGAUCAGCGAGAUGCGGGAGGUUUGCAAAGACCAUGCUUCUUUCCGGGCGCAGGCAGACAAAGAAAUCAAAGAAGCCAAAAAGAAAAGUGGUGAGGAGAAUGCUGAGGACGACGAGGACGACGUCCAACUGGUCGAAGAACCUGUGGAGAUGGAGGAGGAUGAGAAAGGAACCGGCCACCUGAAGGUUCCCGAAUCAGUCCUGAAGACCAGAAAGAGGGGAACGAAAAACCAGUCGACAGAUGGUGAGCCUUUGGACUUGGAUGAGGAGUCAUUGCGAAGAUUGGAUGCGUUCAAGCUGAAGGCCUGCAAUAUGGUGCGAACCCAUGUAAAGCUCAUCGUGGAGGAGGACACAAAGCUAGCAGGUGAAGCUGGCACCCAGCCGAGCCUGCGGGUGCCACCUUUGCGUGAAGGUCGUCAUGGGAAGCUGUUCAUGAGCGCACUCGGCCUCAGGCUUGAAAAUGGCACAAUGCGCCCGGGCGACUGCAUGAUCAUCAUGGACGGAGGCCGCGAAGGCAUCUUGUCAGCAUGUGGCACUGAGGAGGCGGGGCUGGUCUACAAGAAACGACGCCACUAUGGAGGCACAAGUCAUGGAGACUGCAUCGGCCCAGUCUUGGCGCCAGAUUGGGACGAUGAGAAAGAAACAUGGAGGGUGACCUAUGGGGAGAAGAAACUGCUCUAUGGCACUGCAAACCGAAUCGCUGUGGGUGGGCGUGCUGAUGAACCUGUCGCCGACCACCAGAAGGGCAUCCGACGCAAGGACACUGACGUGGAGCCCGUCGCAUAUCACUCUCUGCCUAGCGAAGCGGUCGCUGAAGUCUUCCAUGAGUUCAACAUCUCAGCCAUGUUGGAUUUGAGAAUGCUGGACCCCGAAUCCCCCAUCUUCGAGCUAACCCUUCUGGCCUUGGUCCAAAAGAAAAAGUCGAAGAACCUGAAGGAAGAUGAGGAGGAAGAGCAGGAGGACGAAGAGAUGGAGGAUCCAAAGCCACGCCGAAAGGGUGCAGGAGUGGAGAAGCUAAUCCACGUCUAUGGAUCAGGCUUUCCAUGUCAGCCAUUCUCUUCCAUUGGGAGGAUCACCGGCAGAGCCAAGGUAGUAGGAGAAAGCGGAGCUGCAAGGGUGGUCUUCAGAGAAGACUAUGGAGUUGAGCGUCCGCGAGUACGGGCUAGCGUUGGGAAACGCAUGGCCGUUGCCUGUAGCAACAAGGAUCUUAGAAGCCCCAGGCGGAUGGAGCAGGCCACCAGGAAGCCACCACCGCGUGGCUGA